AUGGCGGCACACAAAGCGGACAGAGCGUCCGAAGAAGCUGACAGCUUUGUUUUUGUGUACGAUCGCAGGGAAAAAGACGCUCCUGAGGCUAAAAUAACAACAGGAGGGAUUACAAGUUUCAAAGCAUUCAAAGAGCGUUUAAUUAAGUCACUUGGCUUGAAAUCAAAUGAAAAGUUUGUUGUUGCUACGACCAACAGAGAGGAAAUCAAAGAUGAUGAAUCCUGGGGCAUUGUGGAUAAGGGUGACACUGUAUAUGUUCUUCGUUCUUUGGAUCAAGAGCUGUGUGCACCUGUUCAAGAGAGAGUUAAUUAUCUUCCGCAUUAUGAUACCAUUGUAAAAGGGGGAAUGUAUGAAUACUAUGCAUCUGAAGGCCAAAACCCACUUCCAUAUGCCUUUGCGGAAUUGAUAGACAACUCCUUAGCAGCGACUAGAAAUAACACUGGACCAAGAAAUAUAGAAAUCAGACUGCAUUUAGAUGAAGCCACUGUGUAUGUGAUUGACAAUGGAAAAGGAAUGACAUCUCGACAGCUAAACAACUGGGCUAUAUAUAGAUUGUCAAAAUUCAAUCGUAAAGACAGAAAAACUAAGGGAAAUCUAGAUGAGACUGAGGAAGAGGAGUCAUUUGUAGACCAGGAUUUACCUAAAUCUCUCAACAGUGACAUAUCGUACUUUGGUGUGGGUGGCAAACAAGCUAUAUUUUUUAUUGGAACAUCUACAAGGAUGAUCUCUAAACCACUGGGAUCACAAGAUGUGCAUGAACUGAUCAUAUCUAAAGAAGAGUUUGAAAAGAAGGAGAGAAACAAUGAAGAGAUUUACAGUGGAUUUAUUAGAAAGAGAAAGCUAGGAGAUGCGAGCCACAUCUCGACUGAGGAUGAGGUUUUACGUAGGAUGGUAGAGGAAGAAGAGAAAGAUAGAGAGAAUUUCACUGUGGUUGUUAUACAGGGGAUCAGUAAGGAUCAUUUACAAUACCUGAAAGACAGAAUGCCCGAGUGGACAAGACAACUGGCGCAUAUAUAUCACUAUUAUCUGCAUGGACCUGCCGGCAAUGUGGACUCUGAGGAAAAUAAACGGGCCCCAUCACCAUUCAAAAACAUUGAUAUAGAGAUAAAACUGUGGUCUUCAAGAAGUGCAGACAACCCAAGGACCAUAAAUCUGAGGGAUAUAGACGACGACAUGCAGACACUGUUUGUACGCGGUGCAGCCAGUAGCUUUGAGUUCAAGGCAAUUAUAGAGGGAGCUAAAGUGGAAGGGGUACUCAGAUAUCACCCGUUCUUGUAUGACAGGGAAACCUAUCCUAUGGACAUGUAUGAUAGAACUGAAGUCACGUUUGAAGACGAGCACGACUAUGCUAUAUCAGAUAUACCAGCACGAGGACGGCGACCGAUAUUUGAAUGCUUUUGGAAUGGUCGGCUGAUUCCAUACACCACAAUAGACAGUUUUGAGUGGUGUAAUCCACCGAAGAAAGCUAAAAAUGUAGCAGCUGAAUGCUAUAACAGAGUAUCUGGUGUACUGUGGACAGAUGAUAAUUUCCAAGUGAGCACAAACAAACUCACUUUCAUCGACCUGGAGUUAAGGCUGAGGGAUAAAUUAGCAGCUUUCACAAGGGUUGUAAAUGGCCAGGAGAGAAGAACAGGGAUUGAGAAAGAGUUCAGCAAUUGGUUGAAGGAAUGUCAUGAACAGCAUGAUAAAUCUAUACAUUUCACGCAGUACAUGGGUCAGAUUUUACGUCUUGACCUCCCGAAACAGAGACAGUCUCCCUGGAGUGCCUACAAGCAGGUCGACUGGGAUGGCAAAGUGUUUAAAAAUGGACAGUUGGUGAAGAUUUUAAGGACAAAUCCACCACUGCUUGGAUCUAUCAACAGAAUUUUACUGUACGGAGAUCAUCAAGGUGACGUGUAUGCUACAGGCGGUGAUCUAGAAAUUGUUCAGGAGCCCCGGUCUAUGUACAGUGAAGUAAAGAUUGUUCCAUUAUCGAAGCUGGACAGGACAACCAGUGCUCAAAUGGUUAAGAAAUACAUUGACGAGGAGGAGGCUAAGUUACCCAAUUCUUUGGAAAUAACAUGGCCUGAAGGGAAUGCAGUUUCUAAAAAUCAGAAGCGGAAAACAGGGGAGACAAUAGGUGAUAUACGUGUUGAAAUCUUGAACAAGAAGGGCGAUGCAGUGAGUAAGCUACCGGGAAAAGAUAAUGCUUCAAAGAAAUUGUUGGUGGAAUUGAAAGUAAUCUGGGCAUCCCCGACUGGAUUACAGACCAUUGUAUCACACAUCAGUCAGCAUGGAAAAACAUGGCCGUACUGGUUUAGGAAAAUGGAAAACAUCAAGAAUCUGGGAGCAUAUACUCUACAGUUACAAGCAGUUCUCAAUGAGAGUGGUGAAAAUAUGUUUGCUGGCAAACAACUUCCAUGUGAGAAAAUCAGCUUCCAAGUUGUGGAGGGUGAGGCAGAGACAUUUUCAGUGGGUGUGUUGGAGGGUCCUUUCAGAGUCGGAGUCCCUUUUACUAUCCCGCUAGAUCUACAUGACAGCUUCGGAAAUCCAGCUAGAGCCCCUGCAGGACAGGAGUUCCAUCCAAAACUGGAAGCUAGUGUAACAGAACCUGGAAGUGGUUUAGAUUUGAAGUAUUCAGUUGCUGUUGUGAAGGGACAUUCUGUAUCAAUUAAAGAUGUUGUGGCCAAAGGUCAAGUACAGGGGACGUCUGGAAAGAACUUUAAUCUGAACAUUACCAUCCCAGAACUGAAGUCUAGUUCCCAAGUGCUGAAAAUCAGGUUAUUACCAGGUCCAGCAUCAGUUUUGUAUGUGAGCCCCGAGGAGGAACAGACUGUUAUAAAUGGCAUCAGUCCAACAUUUAAAAUACAGUUACAAGAUUCAGCAGGUAACCCCACAGCACUGGAAGGGAGGAGUGUGGUCUGUAAGUUGGUUGGAGCACCUAACCUACCCAGUUAUUCAAUGGAAUGUUCCAGUACAGGCAGUGGUACACUUGUGGGAGAUCCCAUUUUACUGAAAAAGAUGAAGUCAGAACUAUCUUUAACUGCUAAAUUUGAUGUUCAGGGAAACAAAUUGAUAAAGACUGUAGAUAGGAAGAUAAGACUGGUACCCAGUGGAAAGGCAUGUGAGGUACGAGUGUUCUUCCAGGAACCAGACAUGUCAGAAAAAGUACAGAUCACUAAUGGCAUGGAGAUAACAAAACCUGCGGGAGAAACUUUACAAGGACUAACUUAUGCCUUGUAUGAUGAAGCUGAACAGGAGUUACCGCUGGAUGAUAAAGUGAUCUCAAAAGUUAAGUUAAACUGGGUUGCCAAACCACCAAAAGAUCUCCUACAGAAAGGUCAGCUGCCAGGGGUGAAGGCCACUAACACGGUACAGGAAGUUAAAUAUUGUCAAGUCACUGUCACUGAAAGUUCUGGUAUUGAGCUCGGAUUUGUGCUCAAGACAAUAACAGGAGAGCCAAAAUGUUUGAACUGUACCUGUAGUGGCACAAACCAGAUCAGUAUCGGUCAGCCUCUAGCUGGUGAAAUACAAGUCAAAGUUCGAGACAAGUAUGGAAAUGAUGUUCAGCAUGACUCAGAAAAUGUUUGCAAGGAUUUGAAGAUCUCAGGUGAAGGACUGAAGGUAGACAGAUGCAAAAUUCUCCUUGAUAAACAAACAAAAUCAAUGUUGAUAAAAGGUGUGGUGUUUGAAGGAGGGACAAUAGGAAGAAAGGAAGUACAGAUCACAUGGAGAAGUUUGAAGGAUUAUCUGAGACUGGAGAUGGUUGCUGGCCCACCAGCCAAAAUGAAAUUUAUCCAUUACUCUGAAAGUCAGGAGGUGUUAGUGUAUAAUGAGAGCAAGUUUGCCAAACCUCUGGCUAUCCAGUUACUAGACGAAGGUGAUAAUGCUUGUAGAACACCAGACAUUAGAAUGCAGCUGGCGAGAGACGUGAAAUUAAAGUUGAUACCAACAGUACAGCCUACAAAGACCAAUAAAGAUGGAAUAGCUGACUUUGGAAUUUUCACCGUCUCAUGUGGAAGAGGUUUGUACGAACUGCAGCCAAAAGCUUUUAUAUCAGCUGGUUUCGUGCUUUCGGGUCCAAAACUGAAAAUUUCAGUGCAACCCGACCCGACCAGACCCAGUAACCUAGAUGUCUCUUAUAACAACAAGGCAACAUACACAGCUGGAGAAAGUAUGCCAGAGUACACAGUGAAGAUAUAUGCUGAAGAUGAUAGUUUACUCGCCAGUGCAAAACCGUCUCAUGUCUCGCUGAAACUCUGGAAAUCUGAUGAUGCUGAUGCCACUAACCUUCCUAGUCGUACCUUGUCCUAUCAUCCAGAAUCAUCGAGAAAAACAGAAACUGGAAUCUUUCAUUUUAAAAAUAUCAAAUGUCCAGAUGAGUCCGGCUCUUACAAUGUAAUGUUUGUGUAUUAUGAUGGAAAGCAUCAGCUUUUCAGUAAUGUGAUUCACAUAAAAAUAGAUCCGUCUACCCCAGUUCAGUUGGUAUGUCUGGACAACCCUGGAACAGCUACAGUGUCCAAUACGAAAAACUACGCUACACGAUGUAUUGUCAGAAAUCUCAAACUUGAAUUAAGGGACAAAUAUGAUAACCAUGUAACUAAAGGCAUGAACGGCAGUAUUGUGCUGGAGAUAGCCAGUGCUACUGGAGAGAAAGAAUUACCUGUGUUUGCUGGUGCAGCUAAAAACAAAACCAUCUCAGCCACCCUUGCAGGCGGCACCAGCUUUAUCCAGAACAUUGCACUUCAAGAGAACAGCCCUGGGAAGGAUGGUUAUGAAUAUCAACUAAAGUGUUCAGUGAACUGUAACAAUGUACCGAAGUCACUCAACAUGGAACCAUAUAUUCUUCCUUUCCUCUUUUAUGAUGAUGCCAAGAAGCAGUCAGAGAUGGCAGCAUUGUCAAAGGAACGAGACAAUCUACAGAAUGCUAUAAGAACAUACAAAUCCUUGUUCGAAACCACAGAGCAGCUUAUUGAAGAAUUGAAGAUCUCGGUAAAGGAGGCAAAGAGCGAGGAAUCAAAGAUACGUGAUGAACUGAGAAAACAGAGGAUUCCUAUGUCAACUCUAAACUCUGUUGAGUCAAUUGAAAAAUUGGUAAAAGAUUUUAAUGAGAGAAAAGAUGUGGAGUUAAACAAGAAGAGGAGAGUGUGUUCACUACCAACUAUCAUGGCAAAUGAUCCUGAAGUUCUUGGAAAGAUUGGCCAUUUAGCCCAGAUAUCAGACGAUGAUGCAGCUAGGGUGUUGUCAUGGCACAUGUCAUCAGAUAUGGAUUGUGUGGUUACCAUGACAACUAAAAAGGCGAAAGAGAUAUAUAACCAGACAAAUGGACGACAACAGGUGCUGCCCCUUGAUUCUAUAUUCAAGAAAAGUCUUACAGAAUGGAACAAGCCUUUACCUCACAUCAAAUAUAAGCCAAACUGGAAACCUACUGGAAAUCUCAUAUUUGCAAGAAACCUGAUAGCGUUCUGGCAAAAUGAAGAUAAAUGUAAAACAGUGUUUUCAAUGCUUCUGGGGGAUACAUUAUGGAUAGACACAUUGGACCAGGCAAAUGAAUACAGACGAGAGCUUGUUAAAUACACCAACUGUCCAACAAUACUUACACGAGAAGGUGACAGAAUUCGCAGUAAUGGCAAGUUUGGAGGAUUAAUGAAUAAAGCGCCACCUGUUGAGAAACUCCGUGGAGCUGUAUUUGGUGCUCCAGUUCCAGACUCAUACCAUCAGUUGUGUUCUACCAUAGAUGUUCUUCAGAAUUUAAAAUCAGCCCUAGUUGCCCAUAAAACAGCAGAGACUGAACUUAAGGAACAAAUGGAGACUAUAAAAGCUCCCGAGAUGCAGGCAAAAUACGAGGAAUGCAGGGAAGUAGAGAAACAACUCCAAGCUCUCGAGAAGAAACUUGGUGUAGUGGGCACUCCUGUAAGGGACUUAUCAUUUCCAAAGGUAGCUAAGAGAACUCCAGACAGGGACGAGGAUGGAGGUCCGGCCAAUAAAAGACUGCGGUCUUCUCCUGCCAUGCCGGAAGUUAAUGGCACAACCAACAGCAACUUCCUUACACCAACACGUACAAGUCGUAGAAUUGCAGCAAUGACCCCAACAACAGAUACUGAUGGCAGGAAACGGCUCAAAAAAUCAUGAAAUGCUGCGGAAAUUGAAGGGAAAUAUCUGUAAUUUUAAACAUUUCGUCCUGGAGUCUGAAUUUAACAAAUAUUAUUUGUUUGUCACUGAGAUUAAAUGUUGUGAUUUGUGUGUUCAGGAAAUCCGGAAAAGUUCAACCAUUGACGGCAUUUGAAGAUCUAUUUUGUGUACCCUUAUAUGAAAAAAAUUUGAUUAUUUCAAUUCUGUGAAAUAAUGAGACAUUGCUAGAUACAGGAAAUUAAUGAACAUUUGUAGACAUUUCAUAAAUGUUUGUAAUGUUUAUCUUUGUAUUGUAGUUUUUUGAUCUCUUUUGUGAAAAUAGAACCAUGCUAGAUAGGUGUAAUGAGUCAUCAUUGAAAAUUGUUAACCCUUACCCUGCUGAAUUUCUAUAAUGAACUUGUUCAUCUUUCAAUUUGGACAGUACCAGUAACUGUUAAAAGGGGUGAUAACCAAAAAAAAAAAAUACUGACUGAAUAGCGAACAGUGCAGAUCUUGAUCAGACUGCACAAAUGUGCAGGCUGAGCAUGAUCUGCACUGGUUGCAAAGGCAGAAACAGUCGUGUCCAGCAUGAUAAGGGUUGAUAAAUAAUACAAAGGAGUUGCAGAAUCAUCAACUAUCUUUGGAGUAUAUUUUUCAAUAAGUAUUCUUUAGCUGUGUUAGCAUUGUACACUAGGUUUAAUUCACAUGUACAAGAUUACAGUGCUAACUGGUACACCGACAAAAAAAAAUUAAAACAUAUCCAAGUAGACUCUAGAAAGUAUUUUAAAAGCUUUGAAUGUGUUGGGGCACUUUUCCCGCAAAAUGGCUCAGCGCCUGUAUCCUGACAAAGACAUGUGGCUCCCAAACCCAUGCUUGUUAUCAAGAUGGUCAUUUGGCUCUGUUUUCACCCCUGUAUAUAUGAAAAUAACCAGACUAGAGCAAGACUAUGUUUCACGUGAUUUUGAAAUCAGUUGGUUAACUUUUUAAAGGGGCUUUCUUCCAGGAAAAAAAGAAAUCCCCAAAAUGAAAAUGUUCUCAGUCAGUAUUUCAGUUGAUUUAAUUGGUAAAAGUUUGGCUUUAAUUGGAGACUAGUUACUUCAACAAUUAAAUAUUAUUUACAUAUUUAAAAUGUCUUGCACUGUUCCUGAAUGCUCAAAGUGGGUGAUUUCAGUGUCCAGAAGUAAUUGAUUUUCGUUUAUAGUCAAAUUGAAAUUUCUCAGUGUUUUGUUGUAUUUACAGCAGUAGAAAAUUGUAUUUUGUAAAAUGUGUUAUGUUGUAUUGUUACAAUUCUUUAAUAGCUGUGUACUGUUAGAUUAAAAUACUGUAAAAUCUGGUAAAUAAGUGUAUACGCUUAAAAUAAUUUUAGUGGCACAUUUAUGGGCCUAUUUUUGACAUGCGCUUACACCUAAGCCAAAAGUAUGCGCUUUUAUUUGAUAUGCACUUAUAGACAGGCCAUGUGCACCUGUAUUUGAUAUAUUUGGAAAACUGACAGUGCUUACCUCGGUUGAGAAAACGAAAGUAAAACCUGAACAUAGACAUGCACAGUGAACUACUUCAUUUUUAAGUUAUUGCAUGCAGUUUUUAUACAUAAUGCAUAAUGAUCAUAUUGCAAAUAAUGUUUAAUCUCUCAGAACAUUCAAUCACUGUUCAACACAAGGCAUUUAAUCUAUAUUGUUUUCACAGAUUUUACACAAGAAUGACAAAAUGUAAUAACAAUGCAUACAACUUUUCUGAUAUUCAAUCAUUAUUUUCAAUUACAGAGAAUAUUUUCUAUUCAAAAAGCAUGAUUAUCAAAAUCGAUUUAUGUUUUACCAGACAACAGACAUUAAAAUAUUUUAACACCCAUCGGCUAUUCAACAGGUAAGUACACUUGUCACUUGUAUACAUAAUAAACAAUUAUUACGGCAUCUGUUGUUUGUUUACCAGUAAUUGAAGACAAAAUUAGGGUAAGGGCAUGACAUGCGCUUAUUAUCCCAAACGGAAUAAUGGUAAGGCCGUAUGCGCUUACUUUUGAUAUGCGCUUAUAUUCAAAUAUGCGCUUAUUUACCAGAUUUUACAGUAAUCCGAUAUUUCAACUAGCCAGUUCAGUAUUAAUCGAAAAAGUUUCUAAAAUCAUUUUGAUAUCGUAAGACCUUUUUGUUCAGUUCAGAGAAGUUUCAUAAGAAAAAUAUAAAGUUUUGAGUAAUAUAAUCUUGGUCCAUACUCACUAGCAUUCUAAGUGUUAAGCAAAUGCCAUUUAAAUCAAAUUUCAAUUCCUUAUCACUUCAUUCAGGGGCUUCUAUGGUCAAGUUGUUAAGAUCACUGACUAUGGAUGGCUUAUAUCACACUUACGUAGAUUCAAAACUACACUUCGGAGUCUGGCAUUCAUUCAUGUGAGGAUGCCAUCUCGCAUGGUUAUGGGAGGAUGAUAGUUCCACCCAGUUACCUCCCUUUGCCAGGAUCCUAGAUACCUGGGGUCUUUCUCCACCAUCAGAAGUUGGAAAGUCAAGAGUAUGACCAGUAAUAUCUUAGCGAUGUUAAACCUGACAAUAUUUUCUAACUUUCUGAAACUUUAACCGAGUCCUAUGAUUUUGGCUGAUACUACUUAGCAACCUUAAGCAUAGUCAAAUAUUAAAUCCCUUAAAACUUUGUUUUAAAUGUAGGGCAACAUUCCCCCGCCCUCGCUGAGUUUGACCAAGAGGGCAAAAUCCACAUAAAAUUUAAGUUGCAGUUUUUAAGGUGAUAAUUAUCCAAGACUAAAUUGAACAUUAGGAUAUUGUUUUUGGAAAAAUCAAAGGGGUGAGGACUUCCCUUUGUUUUGGUCAGAUUUGGUGGGAUUUUUGUGGGGAUUUUCUGUAAUUAUUUUUCUUUCUUUUUUAUAAUGAUGCCACAUAUAAACACUUGAAAAUAGUAUGAUCUUCAGAGAAAAUAACAUGUUUCAAAAAGGUGAUAAACUUUUUAAAAAGAUAAUAUAGAUAUAUGAAAGAGUUUUAUGUUUUGUCAAAAAAUAGAAUUUUUGCUCAUUUAUUUUCUUUACAUUUUGAAAUUUUUAAUCUGUUUGUAUCAGAAGACUAGAUAUUUUCAAAGAUGUACAUAUUUGUCUUGAAGUCCUUUGUACAGAUUGGGUCUUCAUAUCGUGUUUUGGGACGUUUUGCUUAUUUCUUUGUGUCGCAUUUUAAAACUGUUGAAAUUGAAGGAGGUGGAGAUUUAAUUCUUGUAUAGGUGUGCUUAUGGGUAAAAUUUUUAUAAUAUAUUUCAGUAGAUGCCUGUAGAAGCAAAAAUCAGAACAAAAUUUAGAUGUACAUUAUCCAUUCAGAGACAUUUAUUUGUAGUUAGUUACUUGAAUCAUAUAUCAAACAAUUUAAAAAUAGUAUACACAUUUGAAUAUUGUUGAUAAGGGUUAACUACACAUAAGUCACAAACCUGAGUGGAAAUAGCGACAAUUUCAAAAUUUGUAGUCAGUUGAAUCAACAUUUGCCAAGUAAAACAAUCUAGAAUAAAAUUUUGAAAUUGAGAAAUAGAUCUUAAAACAUUCUGGCUCCAGGUUAUGAAAUUUUGUCAAAACCAGAAAACUUGAGGUAAGUAUACUGUAGAAUCUGGUAAAUAGGUGUAUUCGCUUAUAAUAAUGUUAGUGACACUUUUGUGUGCUUAUUUUUGAUAGCGCUUAUACUUAAGCCCAAACCUAUGCGCCUAUAUUUGAUAUGUGCUUAUAGACAAGUCGUAUGCUGUGUUAUGCUCAUAGUAUAUGCGGUACUCAUUCCAACAUCUUUUGUAAAAGUCAGUAAUUUCUAAUUUCUUUUCCCUAAACUGAAACUGAAACCUAGAAUAAGACUUGCUUUUAUGAGGUGUUUUAUCCGUAAUUUUUCACAGAUUUAUACAAGUUUCACAAACUGUAAUGACAUGACAACUUUUCUGGUAUUCAAAUUUACUUCAAACAUGAUGUAAUAUUGUGAUUGAUUAACUAACGUUUUACCAAACAAUAGACGUUACUUAUAGACGCUAAAAUUUUUUAGCAUCCAUCAGCUAUUCAGCAAGUAAAAGCACAUGCCACCUGCAUUCAUGAUGUAACAACUAGUAUCUCGGUAUUAUACUAGUAACGCUGUUUCAUCUGUUGUUUGUUUACUUUUAACUGGAUAUGCACUUACUUUCAAGAAAAUGAUAUGCGCUUAUUAUUCCAUACAGAACAAGGCAGUCUGAAAGACAGCUAAAUCCCCCGCCACUGCUAUGGAUAGUGAAAGGGUAAACCUUUGAUUUUAGCUGUGACCUUGACCUUGAACUGACACGGCUGACUCAUGAAUUCUGCACAACGUCUUGAUGAGGUGAUCAUUUGACCAAAGUUUCAUGAAAAUCCUUCAAGGGGUUUAGGAGAUACAGAGCUGAAACCUUUGACCUUCAGUUGUGACCUUGACCUUGAGUUGACAUGGCUGACUCAUGAGUUCUUGAUGAGGUGAUCAUUUGACCCAAGUUUGAUGAAAAUCCUUCAAGGGGUUAAGGAGAUACAGAGUGGACACCAAAUGGAAGGCUCAAACCUUCAACCCUUAGUUGUGACCUUGACCUUGAGCUGGCAUGGUUGACUCAUAAUUUCUGCACAUCGUUCUGAUGAGGUAAUCAUUUGACCCAAGUUUUAUAAAAUUCCUUCAAGGGGUUUAGGAGAUACAGAGCGGACACGAAAUGGAAGGCUCAAACAUUUGACCUUCAGUUGUGACCUUGACCUUGAGCCAACAUGGCUGACUCAUAAGUUCUGCACAUCGCCUUGAUGAGGUGAUCGUUUGACCCAAGUUUGAUGAAAAUCCUUCAAGGGGUUUAGGAGAUAUAGAGUGGACACAAAAUGGAAGGCUCAAACCUUUGACCCUAAGUUGUGACCUUGACCUUGAGCCAGCAUGACUGACUCAUGGGUUCUGCACUUCGUCUUGAUGAGGUGAUCAUUUGACCCAAGUUUUAUAAAAUUCCUUCAAGGGGUUUAAGAGAUAUAGAGCGGACACAAAAUGGAAGGCUCAAACCUUUGACCUGGAGUUGUGACCUUGACCUUGAGCCGCCAUGGCUGACUCAUGGGUUCUGCACAUCGUCUUGAUCAGGUGAUCAUUUGACCCAAGUUUUAUAAAAUUCCUUCAAGGGGUUUAGGAGAUAUAGAGCGGACACAAAAUGGCAGGCUCAAACCUUUGACCUUGAGUUGUGACCUUGACCUUGAACCGACAAGGCUGACUCAUGGGUUCUGCACAUUGUCUUGAUGAGGUGAUCAUUUGACCCAAGUUUCAUGAAAAUCUUUCAAGGGGUUUAGGAGAUAUGGACCGGACACGAUUUUGUUACGGAAGGACGGACAGACGGACGGAAGGACGGACGGAAGGACGGACGCAGACCAUUCCUAUAAUCCCUCCGCCACGGCGGGGGAUUAAAUAACAGUAGGGCCAUAUGUGCUUACUUUUCAUACGCGCUUAUAUUCAAAUACGCGCUUAUUAACCAGAUUCUACAGUAUUGUCAAACAUAUGGUACUUUACUUUUUAUUUCUUCCGAUAUUGAAUUGAAGUUGUAAUAUGUUGUCAUGGCAUUAGUAUGUAUGAUAAAAAUCCAAGUUAGAAAUGUAGAAUUUGAUAUUGUGUGUAUCAAUGCAGCUUUCAGAUAUGAAAUGGUAAUAGUCAAAGUAACCUUUCAUUAAAAGCUUAAGUGUCAUGCUGAGAAUUUAAGUGAUUUCUUAUAAAUAUUUUUAACUUUUUUUCCAUUUUUCAUUCACACAGAUAUGUAUAUAUCUACAUCAGUUGUUCCUCUGUUGUCUUUUAAAUGUUGAUAUGUGCUUGUGUAUAUGUUUACAAACUCAUAGUCUGAAGUAAAAUAUGUUAUUUUGA